AUGAAGGAAGAUAAAGAAAACACCCGACCCAGGGAGAGAAGAGUGGAAAUAAUGUGCGAAGAUUCGGAGAGGACAGAGAAGUCGAAAGAAAAGAAGGAGAGCAUGACAAAGAUUGUGAUCAGAAGGCUGCCACCAAGUCUCACUAAAGAGGAGCUUGAGGAGCAACUGCAGCCUCUUCCAGAAGUAGACUACUUGGAAUUCUUCUCCAAUGACACCAGCCUGUAUCCUCACCUCUUUGCGAGGGCAUACAUUAACUUCAAGAACCAAGAGGAUAUUGUAUUGUUCAGGGAUCGCUUCGAUGGCUAUGUAUUCAUUGACAACAGAGGACAAGAGUACCCUGCUAUUGUGGAGUUUGCGCCUUUUCAAAAAACGUCCAAGAAAAAAAACAAGAAAAAGGACGCCAAGUGCGGAACCAUAAGUGACGAUCCUGAUUACAAGAAGUUCUUGGAUUAUUACACUGGAGACAAUGAGAAGUUGACAUCUACUCCCGAGACUCUGCUGGAAGAGAUUGAAGCCAGGUCAAAGGAGCUAAUAGCUAAAAGAAAUACUCCCUUGUUGGACUUCCUAAAGAACAAACAACGAAUCAGGGAGGAGAAGAAAGAGGAGAGGAGAAGACGGGAGCUGGAGCGAAAGCGUCUUCGUGACGAAGAGCGCCGCAAAUGGCGUGAGGAGGAGCGACGGAAACGCAAAGGAGGCGAGAAGAUGAAGAAACUGGAUAAAAUGUCGGAAAAUGAAAAGGACCAAGUCAAGGAUGAGCCAAAAAUCAAACUGCUGAAGAAGCCAGACAGAGGAGACGAUGCCGAUUCUGACAAAAUGAGGGAGAAGUUAAAAAAAGCUGAGAGGCCCAGUAGAGAGGACAUCAGAAGCACUGAGCACAAGAGACGACAAAACAUUGACAACAAGGAAGAGCGCGCAAAGAGAGCGGACGAGGAAGUGCGUAGGGAAUUCCGUGAGCAUGACGCCGACCGUGACAGAGAGCGUGAACUGGAGAAGGAGCGUCUACAAAGGGAGAAGGAGCGCCUGAGACGACAGGAGCGACGCCGGAGGAGGGAGAAGCACGACGCCGAAAACGUCAGUAGGAAGUGGGUGGAGGAGGAAGGGCCAUCGAAAAAGGAUAGGGAGCGGCUGCCGGACAAGAAACGGAUUGACAACGUAUCAGAAUCUGACAAGGCUGAGAAGACUAUUAAAGACAACAAGAAGGACGACAGCUCCAAGAGAGAACGACUACGGAAUAGAGAUCGUCCUGCAAUCCAGCUGUACCAGCCUGGAGCACGAAGCCGCAAUCGUCCAGGAGGAGGAGGAGCAGGUGACUCCAGUGUUGCGGACAGGAAACCAGACACUGAGAUGAAGAAAAUGACUGAAAAGGGCGACGACUAG